AUGUACAGGCUAGAAAUCGGUGAUGCUAGAGCAAAUAGGUCUCUUGAUGAACUGAAAGCACAACCGUUGGUGUUGUAUGAAUGGGGAUCAACCCUUAGCUUGCCCGCAUAUAGGUGGGCUUACACCGUCACUACAAUGGCCAUAUAUGACAACAAUGCUGGACAAGUGGUGAGUAUUUUUCAGAAAACAGCGACCCUCCCGUACCCUAAGAAUGUUCGGUCGGGACUUGCUGCAAAACAAGGUAAAUGAAG